AUGCGAAAAUGUGAUGGCUUGCGCGAUGUGGGAAAUCUGAUGGAUUUGUCUUUGGAGGAGUGCUUACAACGCUGCCUAGAGAAUCCUGUUUGUACCAGUGCCACUUGUAAGGUCCACUUUAUAAUAUAACUAUAUUUAUCGUUCUCAGCAUCUCGAUGCCCUUGCUUUCCCUUGUAUUCUGUUCAUGGGACGAAGCAAAGGGGUCCUCGAGAUGAGGGAGCCGAGAUCAUGAUAGAUGCUGACUCUAACAUUUGGAGUGCUAGUGGGAACCGCUGUUUUCUGUCUUCCAUCUGCGACCGAAGUGUCUCGACGUCCGACUAUCGCUUCAUGUUAUUCGAGAAAGCUGUGGUGGCUUCUGGGGGUCCAGCAACGACAAGUGCCUCUGGAGCAGUUGUAGGGAAAGACAAUGAUCGUUGGGAGGUAGAUGAUUUUUCUACUACCUAUUUCUCGAGUAAUAGGUCCUCUGAGAAAUCCCAGGGCCCCUUAAUGUGGGUUGCGGAGUGGACGCCCCGAGUAGG